GGGAAGUCCACAGAGACAUGAGCGAGAGGAGGCGAUCUGCCGCCGCGCUGAGCUCCCGCGCGCACGCCUUCUCCGUGGAAGCCCUCAUCGGCUCCGGCAAGAAGCGGCGGCUGCGCGCCUGGGACGACAAGGACAUCCGCCUGGCCGUGGACGGACUCGCGGGGGACGCGGACGAGCCGGAGCACUGUCUGGACAUGGACCCGGACUGCGAGACGAGUCCCGGCUCGGACGUGGAGGACGCGUCGGAGAGGACCUCGUGUUCCUUCGGUUCCCCGGCGGAGCUUCCAUCAGGAGCCUGCGAGCCUCCAGCGUCGUCCAUGGAGGAGAUCCACGUGGAGCUGCAGUGUGCCGACCUGUGGAAGAGGUUCCAUGACAUCGGGACUGAGAUGAUCAUCACCAAGGCCGGCAGGAGGAUGUUUCCUGCCAUGCGGGUCAAGAUCGCCGGCCUGGACCCGCACCAGCAGUACUACAUCGCCAUGGACAUAGUCCCCGUGGACAACAAGAGAUACAGGUACGUGUACCACAGCUCCAAGUGGAUGGUGGCGGGGAACGCCGACUCGCCCGUGCCGCCGCGCGUCUACAUCCACCCGGACUCGCUGGCGUCGGGGGACACGUGGAUGAGGCAGGUGGUCAGCUUCGACAAGCUCAAGCUCACCAACAACGAGCUGGACGACCAAGGACACGUCAUCCUGCACUCCAUGCACAAGUACCAGCCUCGUGUCCACGUCAUCAGGAAGGACUUCAGCAGCGAGCUGUCGCCCAACAAGCCGGUGCCCGGCGGCGAGGGCGUCAAGACCUUCAGCUUCCCCGAGACCGUCUUCACCACCGUCACCGCCUACCAGAACCAGCAGAUUACCAGACUCAAGAUCGACCGCAACCCCUUUGCCAAAGGGUUUCGGGACUCUGGCAGGAACCGGACGGGCCUGGAGGCCAUCAUGGAGACGUACGCCUUCUGGAGACCACCUGUGCGCACGCUCACCUUUGAGGACUUCACCAACAUGCAGAAGCAGCAAGGCGGCAGCACGGGGACGUCCCCGACCACCUCCAGCACGGGGACUCCCUCCCCCUCCGGGGCGGCGCACCUGCUCUCCCCCUCCUGCUCCCCUCCCGCCUUCCACCUGGCGCCCAACACCUUCAACGUGGGCUGCCGGGAGAGCCAGCUGUGCAACCUGGGCCUGUCCGAGUACCCGGCGUGCGCCCGCAGCAACAUGGCGGCGCUGCAGGGCUACGGCGGCCUGGCCGACGGCUCCUACGGCCGCCUGCAGGCUGCAGGGGGCGGCGUGGCCUCCGGCCAGCCCGCCGAGUCCUUCCUGCCGCAAAGGACUUCCUCCUUGAUCGCCGCCGGCAUGCAGGGCGGCAUGACCGGCGGCGGGUGCGGCGCCGGCACCGGCGCCACCGGGGGGAAGAUGGAUGCCUACGGCGGUCAGCUGGGCUCUUUCCCGGCCUCGCAGCUUCAGUACGUGAUGCAGGCGGGGGGCGGCUCCGGUGCCGCCUCCUCGUCCGCCCCGUCGGGCUCCUCCCCCUCCUCGGCGGCACACAUGUUCAGCGGCGCCCACCACCACGUGCAGCAGGGCUCCUACAACGCCUUCUCGCUGCAUAACCCCUACAACCUCUACGGGUACAACUUCCCCGCCUCCCCCCGCCUGGCCACCAGCCCUGAAAAGCCGCAGGGUGGACUGCUCUGCUCCUCCGCCGCCCCCCCAGGCGCCUUCGCCGAGCGCCAGUACCUGUCCAACGGCAACAUGGACGCCGUGCACAUGAUCGGCAACGGCGGUGGCGGCCAACAGGGAGGCGGCGCCUGCGACGGGCGCCAGUACGGCUCCGCCUCCCAGAUGUCCAUGCACAUGGUGUGAAGACGGGAGUCCAGGAGAGCAGAGUUAGACCAUGUGACGGAAAAGAAGGAUCAUCUUGUGUUUUUGCUUUUUUAGCUCGUGAAGACGCUCCCUCCUCUUAAAAAGGCCUCUGAGGGGGCGUCACAAAUAUUAUUUAAGUUUCGACGUCGAGGACAUGUUUGGAUCGGGUGCAAUAAUUCAUCACGUCACAAACCAGCCUCACUUUCUUUGGACAAGAGGAAACAGCAGGCCUCCCCAUUUUGGAGUGAAUAUUAGCACAUCCAUAA